CACGGGUGUGCGCUGGCGACGGAGCGCAGGGCCUGAGGUGUGUGGUGGACGAAGCGAAGAGGGCAGGCCGUUUCACCGAGUCUCGGCGGCGGAUCAGGCCCCGCGGGCUCACCAUGAGCGUCUUCGGCAAGCUGUUCGGCACGACCGCCAAGGCGGGCAAGGGGCCGAGCCCGCAGGAUGCCAUCCACCGGCUGCGGGAGACUGAGGAGAUGCUGACCAAGAAGCAGGAGUUCCUGGAGAAGAAGAUCGACCAGGAACUGCUCACCGCCAAGAAGCACGGCACCAAGAACAAGCGCGCUGCUCUACAAGCUCUAAAACGCAAGAAGCGGUACGAAAAGCAGCUUGCACAGAUUGAUGGUACACUGUCCACCAUUGAGUUCCAGAGAGAAGCCUUGGAAAAUGCAAACACUAACACAGAAGUACUCAAGAACAUGGGCUUUGCCGCCAAGGCAAUGAAAGCAGCUCAUGAAAAUAUGGACAUUGACAAAGUAGACGAACUAAUGCAAGACAUCACGGAACAGCAGGAACUGGCACAGGAAAUUUCUGAUGCAAUUUCAAAGCCAGUGGGAUUCGGUGAAGAUUUUGAUGAGGAGGAUUUGAUGGCUGAGUUGGAAGAACUGGAACAAGAGGAGCUGGACAAAAACCUGCUGGAGAUCGGAGAAGCAGACAAUGUGCCUCUUCCCAAUGUCCCCUCCACCUCUCUCCCAGAAAGGCCAGCUGCCAAGAAGGAAGAGGAGGACGACAUGCAGGAGCUCGAAGCAUGGGCUAAUGCUAUGUGAGGGCAAUGGGCAUCUUGUAAAGCACGGACACUAUUGUACGCCAUGGUCGUGGGUCUUUUGUUUUACAUUGAAGGUCGUGAGCAGAGUAAAUUUCUACAUGACUCCUGGGAUCCAUUCUGGGGAGGGUGGAGUGGGUGUGUGCAGUGUGGCAAUAUGGUUUGCUGUACGUGAGGAGGUGCAGGGAAACACUUUGGUACUACUUGACCCGUCUUUCAUUGGAUUUUUGUUACUGGCCAAAAUCUUUAAGCCCAUAAUGAUCCGGUACAGCGUUCUCCCUCCUCCCCCUCCUGGAACUGAUGCCCCACCCCGUGUCUCGUGCCAGUCACCACAUCACAUCCUUCUGCUCAUUUGUAACUGCUGCAGUGGCGAUUUAGUUCCCAGAAUAAAACUCCUCUCGCACGUCCAUAAUCGUUCGCUUGAGGUGAAGACAGUUGAUUACUUCUCUGCUAUUUUUGAUUAAUUUUUUUUAAAAUUUGAUUCAAAAAAAGAAAUCUCAAUUGAAGACCCUCCUCGUCCCACCAAACAAAAUACUUAUUUCAGCAAGGAGUUCUUUAUUUAUAAAGCUUGUAAAUUAUUUUCUUCCCUACAAGAUUUAAGCUGCUUUAAAAGUGUAUUUUAAUUGGGUAUAAGCACGUGAUUUACCGCUGUCCAGGCGCCUCUGGGAAUGUUUUGGUGUAUGUUGGGUUUUGUUUGUUUUUGGAUGGGAGGGUGGGAGGGCUGGUUACAGUUAACCUUAUUUCUGCACUUCUGUGUGUCAAUCAAAGCUGACGGUGUGAUUCCUUCUAUCUUUCUGCACAUCUGGUAUAAUUUUACCUAUCUGUUUUAUUACGGAUUUACACAAGACACCUUUUGAAUGCUGCUUCAGCUGAAAAGUUAUAUUUUUCUCCUUAACGUGGGCUGUAUACAGCACAACAGAGGCACUGUGAGGCUAUCAAUCCAUUACAAGAUCUCUCUAAUCCUACUUAAACAUGCUGUAAAUAUGUUAAGAGAAAAAAUAAAAUUUCUUUUAAUGUAA